AUGCUGAUAAUGCAACUUCUUUUUUCAACGCAAGGCAAGGCGGAAAUGCCAAUUCUUCUUUCAACGCAAGGCAAGGCGGCAAUGCCAAUUCUUUUUUCAACGCAUGGCAAGGCGGCAAUGCCACUUCUUUUUCCGACGAAAGGCAAGGCGAUAAUGCCACUUCUUUUUUUAAAGGCAAGGCAAGUCGGUAAUGCCAUCUUUUUUUCAACGCAAGGCAAGGCGAUAAUGCCACUUCUUUUUUCAACGCAAGGCAAAGCGGCAAUGCCACUUCCUUUUACAACGCAAGGCAAUGACCGUGGUAAUGACACUAUUUUUUUCAACGCAAGGCAAGGCGGCAAUGCCACUUCUUUAAUAUCAACGCCAGUCAACGCGGUAAUGCCAAUUCUUUUUUCAACGCAAGGCAAAGGCGGUAAUGCCACUUCUUUUAUCAACGCAAGGCGAGGCGAUAAUGCCACUUCUUUUUUUCAAAAGGUAGGCAAGGCGGAAAUGCCACCUAUUUUUUCAACGCAAGGCAAGGUGGUAAUGCCACUUCUUUUUUCAACGCAAGGCAAGGCGUUAUUGCCACUUCUUAUUUCAACGCAAGGCAAGGCGGCAAUGCGACUUCUUUUUUUCAAUGAAGGCAAAGGCGAUAAUGCCUCUUCUUUUUUCAACACAAGGCAAGGCGGUAUUGCCACUACUUUUAUAUCAACAUCAGUCAACGCGGUAACGACACUUCUUUUUUCAACGCAAGGCAAGGCGGCAAUGCCACUUCUUUUUUCAAUGAAGGCAUGCGAUAAUGCCACUUCUUUUUUCAACGCAAGUGAAGGCGGUAAUGCCAUCUUUUUUUUCAACGCCAGGCAAGGCGAUAAUGCAACUUCUUUUUUCAAAGCUAGGCAAGGCGGCAAUGCCUCUUCUUUUUCAACGCAAGGCAAGGCGGUAAUGCCAAUUUUUUUUUUCAACGCAAGGCAACGCGGUAAUGCUACUUCUUUUAUAUCAACGCCAGUCAACGCGGUAAUGCCACUUCUUUUUUCAACGCAAGGCAAGGCGACGAUAAUGCCACUUUUUUUCAACGCAAGGCAAGGCGAUAAUGCCACUUAUUUUAGCAACGCAAGGCAAGGCGCCAAUGCCACUUCUUUUUUCAACGCAAGGCAAGGCGGCAAUGCCACUUCUUUUUUCAACGCAAGACAAGGCGGUAAUGCCACUUCUUUUAUAUCAACGCCAGUCAACGCGGUAAUGCCACUUCUUUUUUCAACGAAAGGCAAGGCGAUAAUGCCACUUCUUUUUUUAAAGGCAAGGCAAGGGGGUAAUGCCAUCUUUUUUUUCAACGCAAGGCAAAGCGAUAAUGCCACUUCUUUUGUCAACGCAAGGCAAGGCGGCAAUGCCACAUCAUUUUUAAACGCAAGGCAAGGCGGCAAUGCCACUUCUUUUUUUCAAAGCAAGGCAAUGCGGCAAGGCGGUAAUGCCUCUUCUUUUUUGAACGCAAGGCUAGGCGGCAAUGCCACUUCUCUUUUCAACGCAAGGCAAGGCGCUAAUGCCAUUUCUUUUUUCAACGCAAGGAAAGGCGGUAAUGCCACUACUUUUAUAUCAACGCCAGUCAACGCGGUGCUGCCACUUCUUUUUUCAACGCAAGGCAAGGAGGUAAUGCCACUUCUUUUUUCAACGGAAGGCAAGGCGGUAAUGCCACCUUUUUUUUCAACGCAAGGCAAGGCGAUAAUGCCACUUCUUUUUUCAAAGCUAGGCAAGGCGGCAAUGCCACUUCAUUUUUCAACGCAAGGCAAGGCGGUAAUGCCAAUUCUUUUUUCAACGCAAGGCAACGCGGUAAUGCCACUUCUUUUAUAUCAACGCAAGGCAAGGCGCCAAUGCCACUUCUUUUUUAAACGCAAGGCAAGGCGUCAACGCGGUAAUGCGGUAAUUCUUUUUCAACGCAGGCAAGGUGGCAAUGCCAUUUUUUCACGAAGGCAAGGCGUGAUAAUGCCACUUUUUCAACGCAAGUCAACGCCACUUUUUCAACGCAAGGCAACGCGGCAAUGCCACUUCGUUUUCAACGCAAGGCAAGGCGUUAAUGUCACUUCUUUUUUCAACGCAAGUCAAGGCGGCAAUGCCUCUUCUUUUUUCAACGCAAGGCAAGGCGAUAAUGCCUCUUCUUUUUUAACGCAAGGCAAGGCGUUAAUGCCACUUCUUUUUUCAACGCAAGGCAAUGCGAUAAUGCCACUUCUUUUUUCAACGAAAGGCAAGGCGAUAAUGCCACUUCUUUUUUUAAAGGCAAGGCAAGGGGUCAACGCGGUAAAUGCCACUGAUUCUUUUUUCAACGCGAGUCAAGGCGGUAAUGCCAAUUCUUCUUUUUUCAACGCAAGGCAACGCGGUAAUGCCACUUCGUUUUUUUAUAUCAACUUUUUUUCUAACGCAAGUCAAGGCGCCAAUGCCACUUCUUUUUUAAACGCAAGGCAAGGCGGUAAUGCCACUUUUUUUUUCAACGCAUGGCAAGGCGUUAACGCCACUUCUUUUUCAACGCAAGGCAAUUUUUUUUCAACUUUUUUCAACGCAAGGCAAGGCGGUAAUGCAAGGCGUUUGUUCUUUUUUUCAACGCAAGCCAACGCGGUAAUGCCACUUUCUUUUUUCAAUGCCACUCUUCUUCAAUGGCAAGGCGAUAAUGCCACUUCUUUUUUUAAAGGCAAGGCAAGGCGUUAA